AUGUCUGAGAUCACUGACCCUGGAAGGGAUGGGACGCAAGAGGACAUCCAAGCCAGGGAUCCGCAGGUCAACCCUGCCGGAGGAGGGGAGGCGGGCGAUGUAGCCUCUGCCCUCCAGGGGCUCGUUGAUAUCCAAGACCACACCGAUAUUGAGCGCGAUGUUUCCAAGAAAGCCCAGGCGGCUGCCUUUGCCGAAGAGAAUUCAAAAGACGAAGCUCGCAUCGUUAAUCUCCGGUCUAAGAUUGAGAAGCUAGAAGAGCAGAAAAAGACCCUCGCGUCAGAAAAGACGAAGAAGGAGCAUUUCAAUGACGAGAUAGCUGCCUUCCAGGAGCGCAUCCAGCAGCGUGAUAAAGAGGCUGCUGCGGCUGCUGCUGCCGCCGCCGCCGCCGCGGUGGCCGAAACAGCAGAUCCUCAGGCGGAUACAACAGAACCUCGCCGUGGAGGCCCCACCCAGGAAGACGGCGAGGACAGGCGAGCGUUUUUGAUACGAACUGGCAAAAUCACUCCCUUUUCCGCGGUCCCGGAACAGGACGAGGAAGAAGAUGGCGAGAGCUUCGCUCAUAUCGUUGAGGCGGAGACUGCCAGUGCGGAUGAGCCUCAGAUCCAGACCUCUCACCAAGUGCUUCGCCAGCCCGGUUUCCAACCCCAGAAAAUACGGCCUCCGAUAGAUGAUCAUGGCAUCGCCGAGGAUCCGGCCACCACAAACCUCGAGACCGAGUUUGGCCUCAGGCCAAGAAAGAGGCAGCUCUCGCAAGGGGAUGACGAUGACGACGAUUACAAUGCCAGCAGCGAUCACGAAUCGGAUGUCGUGGAGUCUUCAACCGAAGACGGCCCAAAGAACCAUCUCGUCAAGUUGUCUGUGAUAGACGACGCCAAAGCAUCCGUAUACAAAGCCCGAGUCUCGAGAUGGGUUGAAGAGCGCCAAAAGCUCCGUGCGAGUUUGGGCGAGGGCGAGGGCGAGGGACAGGACGACAAUGAAGAGGAAUGGUUUAAGCCGACCCCGGGAAAACCGAACAAGAGAAUUUUCGAGGAUUACUAUCUUCCGGAGGAGGUCCAUGAUUUUCUCUUCCCCUUCCAAAGAGUCGUUCAACUCAUUUCUUUUAUUGCCGCCCUCCAUUUCAGCAAGAAGCUCGAUGGGCCCGUCAUCAUCCUCGCUACCACCACCCUCAUUGCCCAAUGGGUCAGGCAUUUCCACCAGUGGUGGCCGCCUCUUCGCGUGUCCAUUCUGCAUUCCACGGGCACCGGGAUGAUGAAUCCAAGUCUCGAGGAUGACGAGAGAUUCUCCUCCAGACCCGCCGCCAAAACCGCCGCGGCGCGCAAAAUCAUCAGCGACGUCGUCAAGGAUGGACACAUCCUGCUGACCACGUACCGUGGCCUUGACACAUACCUCGACGAGCUUGCCGAGAUUCGCUGGGGUUACGCUGUCUUGGACGAAGGCCACCAUAUCCGGAACCGAAGCACCGAUGCCGCGAAAGCGUGUAAACAGCUCGACACGUGGCAUAGGAUCAUCUUGUCGGGCACCCCAAUCCAAAAUAACCUGCGCGAGCUUUACUCGCUCUUCGAGUUCGUCAAUCCCGGCACUCUUGCCAUUGCCACCGGCGAAAAGUGUUCCAGAACUUUGAGAGACACGAUCAAGCCGUACAUGCUCCGCCGCAUCAAGGCUGACGUGGCCAGCAGCUUGCCCCCAAAGUCGGAACAGGUUUUCUUCUGCAAGUUGACGCCACGACAGGAGCAGAUCUAUCGCGACGCCCUGGACGCCCCAGAGGUCAAGAGGGCCUUUAAUUUUGGUACGCCCGCCGAAACGCAGCGUAGAGCGCUCUUCUCGGCGAUUGAGACCCUGCGGAAAGUAUGCAACCAUCCCGACCUCCUCUACAAAAGGAAUAGGUCUGAACUGCCUGAUUACGGCCAUAUCGAACGCUCCGUGAAAAUGCAGGUUCUCUCGGAGCUUUUGAAAAUUUCGAAGCGGUUUGGCCACAAGACCCUGGUACCUCGACGUCUUCCUGUUGACCCCCAAACCGGAGGGGUUGGCCUGAACCUGACCGGGGCCGACCGAGUCAUUCUUUACGACCCAGCCUGGAACCCUGCGGUGGACCGACAAGCCAUUGAGCGCGCUUGGAGGCUGGGCCAGACGAAAUCCGUCAAGAUAUACCGGCUAUUGACCCCCGGUACGAUCGAGGAAAAGAUGUAUAGGAAACAGCUGUACAAGCAGUUUGUCGCAGACAACAUGCUCAAGGAUGGUAACACCAAUCGAGGCCCCCUCUUCGACGACGUGCAGCCAGGCGCGCCUCCCCAAAACCUACCCCACCGCGGGCCGAGAGCAGAUGCCGGCGAGCCCAAAGAAUCAGAGAGCCGGGCUCUCAACGCCGUUGAAAAAUUUGGCGGCCUCGAAGAGUACCAGGAACCCGCAGCCGAGGAAGACAGCCUACUCGUCGCCGUCGCCACGACCAGCACCGAGGCUGUCUACAACCACGACGACGUCGUCAACGCGCGGAGUCGGCAGCCACCCGAGAAGCGCCUCACCGAGCAGGAGGCUCACCGCUUAAACGAGCGCACCGUUCAGUUCUUGCGCCAGCAGGCUUCCCGGGCGCACGCCGCGCGCUCCGCUGGCCGGCCGGGGAUCGUGGACGCCUCGCCACGUGGCGCGCCGGCGAACCCGGUGGCCGCGAUGGCGGCCGGGCCGGAUAAGUCCAAGUGGAAGGUGGACAAGGUGAAGGCGCAUAUUGUGACGUUUGUGCGGAGGAGGGGCGGCAAGACGCAGACAAAGGAUCUAGUGACGUAUUUCAACCGGGAGCAUAGAGGUAUACCGUCGGAUGUCUUUAAGCGGGCUCUUUACGCGGCGUGCGUUGAGGAUGAGUCGAGCGUGAGGGGCCGGUCGGUAUGGAAGCUCAAGCCGGGCCAAUAA